AUGUACAUUUUGUGCAAUGAUGAGCUUGACUAUUGGCGUGGAGCUGUGAUAGAAGAAGAACGUGCAUCUGAUACUGACACCAAAGACACAGAAAUCCAAGACGACCCAGCUUCAGUAGCACUUGCUGAGAGCAGGCUGGAGGCUGUGAGAGAAGCUUUUAGACAUGCCUGGAAGGGUUACAAGAACUUUGCUUGGGGUCACGAUGAGCUAAAACCAAUCUCUAAAUCAUAUGGAGAGUGGUUUGGACUUGGGCUGACCCUAAUUGAUGCUCUGGACACCAUGUGGAUCUUGGGUCUCAAAGAAGAGUUUGCAGAGGCCAGGCAGUGGGUGGCCAAAGAGCUCUCCUUCGAUAAAAAUGUUGAUGUUAAUCUGUUUGAGAGCACCAUUCGUAUACUGGGUGGCCUUCUGAGUACUUACCAUCUGACCGGAGACUCCUUGUUCCUGGAGAAAGCUAAAGAUAUUGGCUCCAGACUGAUGCCUGCCUUCAGUACAGCCUCUAAAAUCCCCUAUUCGGAUGUGAAUAUUGGAAAGGGGACGGCUCAUUCUCCGCAAUGGACUUCAGACAGUACCGUAGCUGAGGUCACUAGCAUUCAGCUUGAGUUCAGAGAUCUCAGCCGACUUACUGGAGACCCCAAAUACAAGCUGGCUGUAAUGGAGGUGAUGAAGCGGGUUCAUAAACUGGAUGGAAAGCAAGAUGGGUUAGUGCCAAUGUUUAUCAAUACCAACAACGGGCUGUUCACCCAUCAGGGCAUUUACACGCUGGGUGCCAGGGCUGACAGCUACUAUGAGUACCUGCUGAAGCAGUGGAUACAAGGAGACAAGACUGAGAAAGAAUUGCUGGAUGACUACCUGCAGGCUGUGGAAGGGGUGAAGAAAAACCUGCUAAAGAAGUCUACUCCUUCCGGCCUUACAUUUGUAGGAGAGCUGUCCCAUGGACAGUUUAGUCCCAAAAUGGACCACUUGGUUUGUUUCCUCCCUGGUACUCUUGCAUUGGGGGCACAUUACGGCCUUCCUGCUGAUCAUAUGGAGCUGGCAAAACAGCUGAUUGAGACUUGUUACCAGAUGUACGCCCAGAUGGAGACAGGUCUGAGCCCAGAGAUAGCUCAUUUCAACAUGCAUGAGGGCAGCACACAGGAUGUAGAUGUAAAGAUUGCAGACCGGCACAACCUUCUGCGGCCAGAGACUGUAGAGAGCCUCUUCUACUUGUAUAGAUUCACCAAGGAUAAGAAGUACCAACAGUGGGGCUGGGAGAUCCUACAGAACUUCAAUAAGUACACAAGGGUUCCCACUGGCGGUUAUACGUCCAUAAACAACGUCUGUGACCCGGCCAGUCCCAUCCCUCGAGACAAGAUGGAGAGCUUCUUCCUGGGUGAGACGCUCAAAUACUUUUACUUGCUGUUUUCCGAUGACCCCAACCUUAUCAGCUUAGACAAGUACGUUUUCAACACUGAGGCCCAUCCUCUGCCCAUAUGGCCACAAGCAGAGUGAAGGACCCACAAGCACACGUGCAUAACCAAACACACCUUUCUCAGGGCCAUGAACACAUUUGAUAUCCAAACUGCCAUCUUUUUCUACACUAGGAACUCUUUGGAGUCACCAACUGUUAAAUAAUUACCGCCAUGACAAAAACUGUUUGUAGAUGUGAAGUUUCUGAUUGUACUAGUUAGUUAUCUGUAUGUUUCUAUUAAUAGAGUUUCAGAUUUUUUUACUCCAUUUAUGCUUUUAUUAUGCUGUCGAUCAGCUCGCUGCUGAAUUAGCCCAUUGAUUUAGUAUGUGCAGUCUCUUAGCCCAAGCACACAGACAAAAAUGUUCAUACUCUGAAACGUUAUGGGGACUGCAAGCACUUUAUGGUGUCUUUUGGGGUUUUAGUGUGUGUAUAUUUUCUUAAAAUGAAGGAAUCACUGCUGUUUUUGUUAUGGGGAUUUAGAGAGUCUUUGACCAUAAUCUGAUGGUCUGUUUCGCUUUGUACAAAAUGUUUUCUUUGCACCAUGAGUUUUAUUUGUGUUCCAGAGCUAAUAUCACCUAUAUGAAUAUUUGAAACAUUUGGUAGAGUUAUCAAUCAGCAUUGUAUAAUUAUCUUGUGACGAAGCACAUGCAAGGGAAAGUUACUUUAUUUAAAAAAAAGUUUGUAAUUUCAAAUAUUUAUUUUGUUUCGAGCUUAAAACCCCAACCUUUCUGUGAAGAAUUUUAAACGUUUUUGUUGAGUUUGGUGUUAGCCAUUAUUAGGUCCUAUUUUUUGUGAUUGCAGAAUUAAGUAUUUUAAUAGAGCGUUAAGC